AUGGAGAUGGCAGAGGAUGCGAGUGAAAACAUUGUCAUUGUGGGUGGUGGGAUUUGCGGCCUUGCCACUGCUCUUGCUCUGCACAGGAAGGGCAUAAAAAGCUUGGUCCUAGAAAGAUCAGAGAGUCUGCGAGCAUCGGGAGCAGCCAUUAUCGUUCAUUCUAAUGGAUGGCGUGCACUUGAUCAGCUUGGUGUUGCUUCCUAUCUUAGACAGCUUACAGUUCCAAUUUUAUCGGGACAAUUCCACUCACUUGAUGAUGACAAGCUACAAAAACUACCAGUAGGGAAAGAUGAGUUACGAUGUGUGAAAAGGAUUGAUCUAAUGACUAUCUUGGCUGAUAAUUUGCCACAAAAUAGUGUACGCUUUGGGUGCAACGUACUUUCUGUAGAGUUGGAUUCCACAACUUCUACUCCAGUUCUUCAACUUGAAGAUGGAACCAGUUUGAAUGCCAAGGUUGUGAUCGGAUGUGAUGGAGUAAACUCUACCAUUUCCCAUAUGAUGGGGGUGAUGCCUAGAAAUAUAUUCAACAUAUGUGUGGUAAGAGGUUUCACUAGUUAUUCGAGUGGUCAUGACUUCGACAGUUCGUUCAAGAUGACCAAAAAGAAUAAUGUUCAAGUAGGAUUAAUGCCCAUAACCACCAACCUGGUUUAUUGGUUCAUUACUGGCAAAUAUAUAUCGCAAAAGUUCAAGAUCUCCCAGCAGAGCCACAAAGUAAUUAGGGAUAUAACAGCUGGAUCCGUGAAGGACUUUCCUUCUAGCAUCAAAGAGAUGGUAGAAAAUUGCUCACUAGAGUCUUUACAUUUUUCGGAAUACUUGAGAUACCAAGCACCGUGGGACAUAGUACGAAGACGCUUUCGGGAUGGAACAGUAACAGUGGCAGGUGAUGCCAUGCAUGCAAUGACUCCAUUCAUUGCUCAAGGUGGCUCAGCCUCCCUGGAAGAUGGGGUUGUGUUGGCUAGGUGCUUGGCGCAAAAGACUUCUGCUGGUAAUCUAAGUGGAAGAGUAAGCAAGAAGAUGGUAGAAGAAGCACUUGACGAAUACCUAAAAGAGAGAAAACCAAGAGUUCUGAGACUAUCCCUGCAGUCAUACCUAUUUGGGAAAAUGCAUGAUACUUCAUCAAAGUUUAUCAAGUUCAUAUGUAUUGUAUUCCUGACGCUCAUAUUUUAUGAUUCACAUGGACAUACUCGCUAUGAUUGUGGUAGCCUCUAA